UAGUUGAGGUUUCUUGGAAUGGCUGGUUACAUUUUCUAUGCAGAAUCACACGUAGGCACCUCCGCGUAUAAUUUUGCUUUCUUUGGAUGUACACUGACUUCUGUUUUAAAGAGGAAAAAAUGAUACAGUAACAGAAAGAUGUGGUGCUAGUGGUAGCAUUACUACUUUACAGCAAUUUGUGUGGUUUUCUGUUUUUAAACGUAUUUCACCUUCUCACUUGAGUGUUAGCAAAGUGCCUGCCUGUCUGAUUCUCAAGAGGCCGGUAAGUUGAGUAAAAAUGUUCAAACCAAACUGUGGCCUAUAUUGGGCUUACAUCAGUAAGUUUCUGGGACAAAUAAUCAACUGUAUUUUAAGAACAACAAAAAACGAAAGCCUGGAAUUCUAUAAGCAGUAAUGUGGAGUCACGGAGUGGCUGCUGAAAGGAGCGCUUUUGAUUUUAUGUUGAGCUUUGUGAGAAUGAGAUUGUUUGCACCUGAGGAAAAGCAGAACAGUCUGCUUGCAGGUGAGCAGACAUAAAGGAAAAUGAGCACAACACAACCACCAGCAGGUACCACCAGGGGUGGUGAUUGGAGUGUAAGAGCCACCGCAGUCUAUUUUAUACAUCCUGAAGUGGGAGCUGGGGGAGGGAGGUGGCACAGGAGAAGUGUGACAGUGCAAUAAUCGGACAUUGCAGAGCUGAUCCAGGCCCCCUGCAGCAGGGCUGGUCCCCUGAAAGCAACAAGGGCACUGUGUGUGCUUUCUGUUCCUUCCUCUCAUCCUUUAAUUCCUGUUUUUGAGCCGUGAAUGAAGGGUCUCAGCUCGUGGGGUCCCGCAGGAAGCCUGUGUAAGGUUUUAGAGAGGAUAUUCGAGAUGCUUCUUUGGAAUUCUCACUUCUGCUCCAUAGGCAGCUUUUACAAUCAAAACUUGCAGCAGCUGUGCUAAGCUGAGCUUUAUGAGGAAGCAGAGUGCCCUUUUAGGAGGGUGACGUUCGUUCUGAUUUUAUAUCCCUCUGUCAUUUUAUAGCCAAAAGAGAGAGAAAAGUCGUACGAAAGUCACCGCGAAACGCGCCCGAGCUGCCCCGCAUCCGCCGCGCUGCCUCCCGCCAUCUUUGCCCCCCACAACGCCGCCAGCCGGGCGGCCCCGAGCAGCCGUUAACGGUCGGGGAGAGGAGGCGCGCGGCCGUCCCGCCCCCACUGCCAACGGCCGGUGACGGUCUGAAGCGCCGCCUCAGCGCUUCUGAAGCCGUGAGGCGGGCGGCACCUUCUGUCGUGCUCCGGCCUCCCGCGGCGGCCAUGGACCGCGCCGCCAUGCUGUUGUCGCCGCUGCUGCUGCUGAUGGCGGCGGGGGGGGCGGGCGCGGGCGGCCCCGAGGUGCACAGCCUGCGUGGUAGCUGGCGGCUGGGCAACGGGAACGGCUCACUGUCGCUCCGAGGGGAGGUGCCGGGUUGCGUGCAUACCGCCCUGCACCGCCGAGGCCUCAUCCAGGAUCCAUACAAUAGAUUUAAUGAUGUGAUGUACAGGUGGAUCUCACUGGAUAACUGGACUUACAGCAAGACAUUCAAAACUCCUUUUGAUGUCAGAAAGUGGCAGAAAGUGAAUCUGGUUUUUGAGGGAGUAGAUACAGUAGCACACAUCCUGCUCAACAAUGUCACUCUUGGGAGAACAAACAACAUGUUCAAACGAUACAGCUUUGAUAUUACCAGCAUGAUCAAGGAGGUCAAUUUUAUUCAAGUCCAUUUCAUAUCAGCCAUUUCAUAUGCUGCAGAGCAGAGCAGAUGUCACAAAGCAUACAGCGUCCCCCCAGCGUGCCCUCCACCUGUGCAGAAAGGCGAGUGCCAUGCUAAUUUCAUCAGAAAGGAGCAGUGUUCAUUUAGUUGGGACUGGGGCCCUUCUUUUCCCACUCAAGGAAUCUGGAAAGAUGUGAGGAUUGAGGCCUAUAACCAUUAUCAUUUGAUUUACUUUUCUUUAACUCCUUUCUUUGUGAGUAGAGCUCAGCAGUGGAGUCUCGAAAUUGAGUCCAUCUUUAAUGUAGUCGGCUCCAAGCCAAUUGCAGGUCUUGCAACUGUGAACAUUCCCAAACUGCAAACACAGCAAACAUACAGUGUGAAGCUGCAACCUGGUGAAGGCAGUAUUGUGCUGCUUGUAAACAUCAGCAAGAACUCUACAGUAGAAGCUUGGUGGCCAAAUGGACAUGGAAAACAAAUUGGAUACAAUGUGACGACAACCUUCAUCAUGGAAGGAGGAUACCAGAUUGAGAAAAUUUCAAAAGCCUAUUUUCGGACAGUAGAACUUGUUCAGGAGCCUAUUCCUGGGUCUCCAGGUCUGAGUUUCUACUUCAAAAUCAAUGGCCAACCCAUUUUCAUGAAGGGCUCAAAUUGGAUUCCAGCAGAUUCUUUCCAGGAUAGAGUGACCUAUGACACAUUAUGGCUACUCUUGAAGUCUGCAGCAGAUGCUAACAUGAAUGCACUCAGGAUUUGGGGAGGAGGAAUAUAUGAACAAGAUGAUUUCUACGACAUUUGCGAUGAACUGGGAAUAAUGAUCUGGCAGGAUUUUAUGUUCGCAUGUGCCCUGUAUCCAACAGACCAGGAUUACUUGGAAUCAGUAAGAGCAGAAGUUUCUCAUCAGGUAAGGCGGUUAAAAUCCCAUCCAUCGGUUGUUCUGUGGAGUGGUAACAAUGAAAAUGAAGCAGCAAUUGCAAGUAACUGGUUCUCCAUACCACAUGCUGACAGAGAAGUCUAUAUCAGAGAUUACGUGAUGCUUUAUGUGAAGAACAUCAGAGAAAUAGUUCUUGCUGAAGAUAAAAGUCGUCCUUUUGUUGUAUCCAGUCCUACCAAUGGUUUGGAGUCAAUUAAAGAGGGCUGGCUCGCUGAAAAUCCUUACGACACGCAUUAUGGUGACACUCACUUUUAUGACUACAGCAGUGACUGCUGGAACUGGUCAGUGUAUCCUAGAACUCGUUUUGCUUCAGAAUAUGGAUUUCAAUCCUGGCCAUCUUUCAGUACGCUGGAAAAGGUUUCCUCUGCUGAGGACUGGUCAUACACGAGCAAUUUCUCUCUCCAUCGACAACACCAUGAAAAUGGCAAUGACCAAAUGCUUCAACAGAUUGGAUAUCAUUUCAAGCUUCCCCUGAGCACAGAUCCCAUAAAAAAGUUUAAAGAUAUGAUUUACCUCACUCAGGUGAUGCAGGCUCAGUGUGUUAAGACAGAAACUGAAUUCUAUCGUUCUAGUCGAAGUGAAAUAAUCAAGGGAGAAGGACACACAAUGGGCUCUCUGUAUUGGCAACUCAAUGACAUCUGGCAGGCACCUUCAUGGUCUUCCUUGGAGUAUGGUGGAAAGUGGAAACUGCUCCAUUAUUUUGCCCAAAACUUCUUUUCCCCACUGCUGCCUGUGGCCUAUGAAGAUAACGGUGUGUUGCAUAUCUAUGGUAUCUCAGAUUUUCACACAGACCACAAGCUGACUUUGAAGGUCAUUGUGAACUCCUGGAGUUCUCUGGAGCCAGUAUGCACUCUUGCCAAAGAUGGUGUGAUUGUUAAAGCACAAAGUGCAUUUUCUAUCUACAAGGAGUCCAUAAAUGCCUUGCUGGAAAGAUGCAGAAAUUGCACCAGGAAGAGCUGCGUUGUUUCUUUUUACCUUGUGGGAGAAGAUGGACUCCAGAGUCCAAUGAAUCAUCACUUCCUUUCAUCCCUGAAGGAUGCUGUAGGAUUGGAAAAGACUCAACUUAGUGCCACUGUAUCACAACAAGAUGAUGUUUAUAUAUUUGAUCUUCAGACUACUGCAAUUGCUCCUUUUGUUACUUUGGAUGUAGGGAGUAUAAAGGGUAGGUUUAGUGAUAAUGGUUUCCUCAUGAUGGAAAAGAAGAAGGUGGUUAUUUUUUAUCCUUGGGAGCCUACCAGUGUUGAAGAACUAGAAAAGUCGUCCACCUUGACAUCUUUGAUGGACGUUGCCUGAUGAUUUUGUUCUAGAUGACAAAACAGGGAGAGGAAGAACUGGGAAGAAUUUGACUGCAGUUGAGGUGACCUACGAGAUGAGAUGACUGAAUGUUUUGUUUUGUCAUGUGUGAAUUUUAACUGCUGGUUCAAUGUAAAGAUAGCAAUAACACAGCUUGCUUAUAAUAUAUGUGGUGCAUUGAA